ACGCGGCAAAUUAUAUGGCGGUCAAUGCAUUCAGCUUUUCCCUCACGAGUUUUCUGAUCGGCCGUUACAAUAUGAAGGCGAAUACCGCCACGAACGUGAACAACGUCUUCUCCGGCACCUUCAAUUUCUCGCCCGUGGUUGGAGCCUUCGUCGCCGAUGCGCUAUGGGGAAGAUUCAGGACCCUGCUGUUCGGAACUGCCGUCGGAGUUAUCGGAAUGACGGUGAUCACCCUGUCGGCAACUGUCCACCGGCUCAAGCCGCCGGCGUGCAGCCCGCUGGCCCGGCAGCCCGGCACGUGCGCCGCCCCGUCGGGGCUGCAGCGCGCCGUGCUCUACAUCGGCAUGGGGCUGCUCGUGGUGUCCGCGGCCGGCACGAACCCGACCAGCCUGCCCUUCGGCGUGGACCAGUUCGACGAGAGCGACGAGCGCCACAAGGGAGGGCUCGCGCGCUUCUACAACUGGUACUACGCCAUCGCUAUGGCGGCCACGUUCCUGGCGCUCACCGUCGUGGUGUACGUCCAGGUCAAGGUGGGCUGGGGCCUCGGCUUCGCCAUCCCCACGGUGCUCAUGGCCGCCGCCUUCGCCGUCUUCCUCGCCGGCGCCGCGGUGUACGUCUACGUGCCGCCCGAGGGCAGCAUCUUCUCCAGCGUCGCGCGGGUGGUCGUCGCGUCGUGCCGCAAGUGGAGGCUCCGGCUGCUGCACCCCGACGACGCGCGGCGGCAGGAGGAGCUCCUGUACAACCCUCCCGCCGUGGGGAGCAACGGGAGCGGGCGCCGCGUGUUCAGGCUCCCCCUCACGUUGCAGCUCAGCUUCCUGAACAAGGCGGCCAUCGUGACCGACGCCGACGAGAUACGGCCAGACGGCUCCCCGGCGAGGCCGUGGAACCUGUGCAGCGUGCAGCAGGUGGAGGAAGCCAAGUGCCUCGUGAAGAUCAUCCCCGUAUGGAUCUCCGGCACGCUGUGGUUCACCGCGGUGGCGGAGCUGACCAACUACACGUUCCUCCAGGCGUCGACCAUGGACCUCCACAUGGGCAGGCACUUCACCAUCCCGCCGGUGUCGAUCCUCGCCGUGUUCUACCUCGCCGUGGCGCUCUCCGUACCCUUGUACGACCUGCUCAUCGCCCGCGCCGCGCGGCGGCUCACCAAGGGCGGGCGCGGCAUCACCUUGCUCCAGAGGCAGGGCGCCGGGCUGGUGGUCGGCGCGCUGGCGUUCGUGGUCGCGGCCGCCGUGGAGCGCCGGCGGAGGCGGUCCGCGCUGGCGGGCGGCGACGGCGCGUCCCCGCUGUCCGUGUUCCUCCUGGCGCCGCAGCUCGCCGUGUUGGGCGUGUCGGGCGCGUUCAGCUUGGUGGGGCAGACGGAGUUCUACAACACGCAGUUCCCGGACCAGAUGCGCACGCUCGGCAACGCCGCCUUCUACUGCGCGCAGGGCAUCAGCAGCUACCUGGCCACGCUCGUGGUCAACAUCGUGAACGCGCGGACGAGGCGGCGCGGCGGGUCCGCCGGCUGGGUCCCCGACGACAUCAACGCGGGGAGGAUCGACUACUUCUACUACGCCAUGGCCGUGCUCACCGCGGCCAACUUCGUCUACUUCCUCGUCUGCGCGCACUUCUACCAGUACAAGGGCGAGCAGGCCGCUGACUCCCCUGCCGGACCUGAGCCGGCACGGGUCAGUAAUGGGAGCGCAGGCGAGAGCGACGCCGAGCUCCUAAAGACGUAGCAGUAUACAUAUAUUCCAUAUGACCAUUCUUUGUAUGUUCAUCAAAAUCAUUUCUGAUCUUGCUAGAUGC